AUUGAGAAUGAGUGUGUCAUGGCUUUAUAAGUCUCCAUAGUGCCUACUUGAACUUACUCUACCUUUUGUGUUUGGUGAAUCAGCAUGGCAGUAAUGGCAAAGGUUUUUGUGUUGGUCAUCACUGCUAGUUUCAGUAGUGUCCUCUGUCGUCCAAAGAGGGAUAUCACAAAAAGAGGCAUUGUAUUCUGUGGAAUAAGUGAAGAAGACGCGGUAACUGCAACCCCAAGUCCCCAAAACCAGACAUCUGCAGCCCAAACUAAAAAUGCUGAAGCCGAUGGGAGUGGGAUGAGUGAAGAUGACGCGGUAACUGCAGCCCAAACUAAAAAGGCUGAAACUGAUGGGAGUGGGAUGAGCGAAGAUGACACAGUAACUGCAACCCCAAGUCCCCAAAACCAGACAUCUGCAGCCCAAACUAAAAAUGCUGAAACCUACGGUAGUGGGAUGAAUGAAGAUGACGCAGUAACUGCAACCCCAAGUCCCCAAAACCAGACACCUGCAGCCCAAACUAAAAAGGCUGAAACUGAUGGGAGUGGGAUUAGUGAAGAUGACGCGGUAACUGCAACCCCAAAUCCCCAAAACCAGACACCUGCAGCCCAAACUAAAAAUGCUGAAACCUAUGGGAGUGGGAUGAGUGAAGAUGACACUGUAACUGCAACCCCAAGUCCCCAAAACCAGACACCUGCAGCCCAAACUAAAAAUGCUGACACCCAUGACUCCUCCUGAAGUGACCGCUCAGAAUGCAAAUGCUUAAUGGAAUUCUUUCAUCACUGGACUGUCUUCAUCUUGUUCAAUAAAGGCCUGAUUUACUUA